UGUAUAUUACCUCAACCAAAACUCAAAACCUACCAUAGUAAGCAAAACAAAACUCCCACAAUCUCAUUUCUCUCUCUCUCUCUCUCUUCGGCAAUGGAGGCCAAGAAUGAUCAGCGAGAAUUCAUUUUCCGCUCCAAGCUCCCAGAUAUCUACAUCCCAAAUCACCUUCCCCUACACACUUAUUGCUUCGAAAACAUUACCCAAUUCAAAGAUAAUCCCUGCUUGAUUAAUGGCCCCACCGGGGAUAUCUACACUUACGCCGACGUUGAACUCAAAUCACGUAAAGUCGCCGCCGGCCUCCACAAGUUAGGUAUCCAACAAGGCUAUGUUAUUAUGCUGUUGCUCCAAAACUCCCCCGAGUUUGUAUUUGUAUUUCUUGGUGCAUCAUAUCGUGGUGCUAUUAGCACAACCGCCAACCCCUUUUACACUCCGACGGAGAUCGCUAAACAAGCAACUGCAUCGAAGGCGAAGUUGAUAGUAACACAAGCAGUUUACGCUGAGAAAGUGAAGCAAUUCGCUAAAGAAAAUGAUAUAAAGAUAAUAACAAUUGAUUCACCACCAGACGGUUGUUUACACUUCUCAGAAUUGACAGAAGCCGACGAGAAUGAUAUUCCCGGAGUCAAGAUUAACCCCGACGAUGUGGUGGCGCUUCCAUAUUCAUCGGGGACUACUGGUUUACCGAAAGGAGUGAUGUUAACACAUAAAGGACUUAUCACUAGCGUGGCACAGCAAGUUGACGGAGAUAACCCAAAUCUUUAUUUUCAUAAGAAGGAUGUGAUUCUUUGUGUAUUGCCAUUGUUUCAUAUCUAUUCUCUGAAUUCUGUUUUGCUUUGUGGGCUAAGAGUUGGUUCUGCCAUUUUAAUCAUGCAAAAGUUUGAGAUCAUUUCAUUAAUGGAGCUUGUACAAAAAUAUAAAGUUUCAAUAGCUCCAUUCGUGCCUCCGAUCGUUCUGGCGAUUGCGAAGAGUCCAGUGGUUGAUCAAUAUGAUCUUUCUUCCAUUCGAACGGUGAUGUCCGGUGCAGCUCCGAUGGGAAAGGAGCUUGAGGAUACUGUAAGGGCUAAGCUUCCCAAUGCAAAACUUGGCCAGGGCUAUGGAAUGACAGAGGCAGGACCAGUAUUAUCGAUGUGUCUGGCAUUUGCAAAGGACCCUUUUGAGAUUAAAUCAGGCGCUUGUGGAACCGUCGUGAGAAACGCCGAGAUGAAGAUCGUCGACCCUGAAACCGGGAACUCACUGCCGCGAAAUCAAGCCGGUGAGAUUUGCAUUAGGGGUAGUCAAAUCAUGAAAGAUGCAACGCAAAAGAUUGUCAAGAGUGCAGUUCACCACUUCAGUUUGGCCAUCAGUUUGAGGAUGACCAGCAUUGUUGUAUCGAAGUUCAAUCCCAAAUCGCUUCCAUAAAUUCACCCAAAAGUGAGCUACAAACUUCACAUUUAUGUCAGAAGUAAUGGUCUUAGGAAUGCCAUGUAAAUGAAAAACCUCCUGGAAAAAAUAAUUUUGUGGGCCUCCAACGGACGUCGUAAGUAAAAAUUAAGUCCAGUUCAAGUCUUUCAUAAAAUCCAAGUUUAAUUGCUUCGCAUCAUUCCCUUCCACUUGUAAAGAACUCAACUUCGAGUUGUCAUCAGCAGGGUAGUAUUACAACAGAUCUGCCUCAUUAAACGUCUUGAAAUUUUUCAUAUUAUCUAGGAGGUCAAGAACAUAGGCAUUAUCAUUAAUCUUCUGAACAAUCCGAAAUGGACCAAUCUUUUUUAGGUCAAACUUUUUAUGUCUCCCACCAUGUUCUUUGUGUAAAUACACCAUAACAUGAUCACCGACAUUAAAGGACUUGAAACACCUAUAUUUAUCAGCUGCAGUUUUAUACUUGUCGUUGGUUUGUGUAAGACAUUGUUGUAUAUGUUUAAAAAUGUUCACAUGCUAAUUUGCUAAGUUGUUUGCUGUAAUACUAUUAUGAAAACUUGUGGGAAGGGUAAUAAAUUCAACUGUAUGUGGUGAAAUUUUUUCGUAUAAAACUGCAAAUAAUGACAUCUUUAUAGAGCUAUAGACAGAACUGUUGUAAACAAAUUCUGCUUGGACAAGAGCAAGAUUCCAAGCAGUUUUGUUAAUACUGCAGAUGCAACGCAAAAGAUUGUCAAGAGUGCGGUUCACCACUUCAGUUUAACCAUCAGUUUGAGUAUGACCAGCAUUGCUGUAUCGAAGUUCAGUCUCAAAUCGCUGCCAUAAAGUCACCCAAAAGUGAGCUACAAAAUUCAUAUCUAUGUCAGAAGUAAUGGUCUUAGGAAUGCCAUAUAAACGAACAAUCUCCUGGAAAAAACAGUUUUGUAGGCCUCCAACGGAAGUCGUAAGCAAAAGUUACGUACAGUUCAAAUCUUCCAUAACACUGUAGAUGCAACGUAAAAGAUUGUCAAGAGUGCGGUUCAUCAUUUCAGUUUGACCAUUAGUUUGAGGAUAACCAGCAUUGCUAUAUCGAAGUUCAGUCUCAAAUCGCUGCCAUAAAGUCACCCAAAAGUGAGCUACAAAAUUCAUAUCUAUGUCAGAAGUAAUGGUCUUAGGAAUGCCAUGUAAACGAACAAUCUCCUAGAAAAAAAUAAUUUAUGGGCCUCCAACGGACGUCGUAAGCAAAAGUUAAGUCUAGUUCAAGUCUUCCAUAAAAUCCAAGUUUAAUUGCUCCGCAUCAUUCCCUUCUACUUGUAAAGAACUCGACCUCAAGUUGUUAUCAACAAGGUAGUAUUGCAACAAAUUUGCCACGUUAAACAUCUUGAAAUUUUUCAUAUAAUCUGGGAGGUCAAGAACAUAAGCAUUAUCAUUAAUCUUCUGCAUAAUCCGAAAUGGACCAAUCUUCUUUCGAUUAAGCUUUUUAUAUCUACCACCAUGUUUCUUGUGUAAAUACACCAUAACUUGAUCACCGACAUUAAAAGACUUGAAACGCCUAUAUUUUUCAGCUGCAGUUUUAUACGUGUCGUUGGCUUCCGUAAGACAUUGUUAUAUCUGUUUGAAAACGUCCACAUACUAAUUUGCCAAGUUAUUUGUUGUAAUACUAUUAUGAAAACCUGUGGGAAGGGCAAUAAAGUCAACUUUAUGCGCUGAAAUUUAUCUGUAUAAAACUGCAAAUGGUGACAUCUUUGUAGAGUUGUGGAUUGAACUGUUGUAAGCAAAUUCUGCUUGGUUAAGAGCAAGAUCCCAAGCAGUUUUCUUAACACUACAAAUGCAAUGCAAAAGAUUGUCAAGAGUGCAAUUACUUUAGUUUGGCCACCAGUUUGAGGAUGACCAAUACUGUUGUAUCGAAGUUCAGUCCCAAAUCGCUUUCAUAAAGUCACCCACAUCUAUGUCAGAAGUAAUGAUCUUAGGAAUGCCAUAUAAAUGAAUAACCUCCUGAAAAAAAUAGUUUUACAAUCUGAGAAGUAAUAUUAGUCUUCUUGCACGGAAUGAAAUGCGCUAUUUUAGAGAACUUGUCAAUGACAAUAAAAAUGGAAUCAGAUUCAUAUUGAGUACGUAGAAGACCAAGAACAAAAUCUAUAGAUAAGUCCUCCCAAGGGUAUUCUGAAAUAGGUAAUGGAGUGUAUAAGUCCAUAUUCUGCGAAUGACCCUUUCGAGUUUGACAAACUGGGCACUUCUAUACCAUCAAACCUGUAUUCUUUUUUAACUGUGCCUAAUAAAAAUGCUCCUCUAAACCAGAAAUAGUCUUAUGACGCCCCAAAUGACCACUGAAAUCUCCACCAUGGACCUCUCGAAUUAAUUUUUCCUACAGAGAAGAAUGAGGAAUGCAUAACCUGUUCUUCUUAAAGAGAAAUCCAUCAUGUAUCGAAAACCUAUUAGCAGGCUAAUGAGCUUGGACCUUCGCCCAUAUAUCAGCAAAAUCAUUAUUUGCAGCAUACAAAUUCUUCAAAAAUUCAAACCCCGUGACUUCCUGACUAAUUAUAAUCAACGAAGCAGCCCUCAUACUGAAAGCGUUUGCUACCUUGUUUGUAACGACCCGAAAAUCGGACCGCUACCGGCGCUAGGAUCCAGGUCGGCUUAAGGCCGCCGGGACCCGUAGCAAGCCUGACAUACAACCUGAAAACCUGUUU